AUGGCACAAUUUAAAAUUCUUUGGCUUGAUGCCAAUUCGUCGGAUCCAAUGAAUAGUUUUCGUAGCAAACUUGCUGAUGCACUAACAUUUACAGAUGUCAAUGAUUGUAUUCAAUAUGUUCAAUCUCAUUCAAAUGAACCGAUUUAUCUUAUUGUUUCGGGUUCGUUUGCUAAAGAAAUCGUUUCAGAAAUUUAUGAAUCUUCAAAUCUUGAACAGAUCUUUCUUUUUUGUGGAUCAGUUUCUACUUAUGUAGAAUGGGCAAUGGAUUAUCGUGAUAAAAUCAUGAUAUUUGAUCAUGGUGAUGAUCUUUUAGAACGAUUAUGGAAUGAUUUGCAAAACAAGUUACGGAAACAAGCAACACUAUGUUUGCAACGUGCAAAUGAAUAUGAAAAACGAGCUUUACAAUAUAAAAGGCCAUGUGGUUAG